UGUCAACACUAAGCAGCAGUUGACUAGUUCUUGGCUGAAGGAGGUGGACAAAAGAGAGGAUGGUGUCAAGUACUGUACUAUUCUUUGCAUCUUUCCGACAAUUUUCGGUACUGACUGAUACUGUUUUCUUCUCAGAUUUAAGGCAUCGCGUAACACAGUUUGCUGAAAUAUUCGGGGGUUGCAGAAACAAGACUAACAAAGCCGAACAAUCUAUUGGUAAACCUAUUCUACACGAAUCACUAUCAUAUUUUGGCCUUAGUAUCGAGCUCUAGAAGUAUUUCCUGCAUGAAUUCAGUCACAACUCAGAUGAAUUAUAGCCAGCUACAAAUUCUACUCGAAUUCUUAAACCUACUGAUCACAGAGCAAAAAAAAUUCACGUUGAUGAAGAGUUCAGUGCCAAUGCUGGUGAGCCAUCGAUGAAUCAUAUGCACGAUUGAGCUGAUGACUGGGAGAGCAUUCAUAUCAUAAAAGAGAUUCCAAAGGCUAUCAGAAUCUUUAAUUAUAGCAAAUAUACAAACUUUUAAAUGGAUA